CUUCAUUUCAAUGCCUCUGUCCUGAAUGUCAUUAAAGGAGCAUCUGACCAUUCUAUGUUGCUUCUUGAUUAUGGCAAGGCUCAAUCAAGACCUCAGAGAAGAUUUAGCUUCGACAAGCGCUGGUUAAGGAUUGAUGGUUGUGCGGAGACUGUAAAAAAGGCAUGGUCAAAUCAUCAUCUGGGAACACCAUUAUUCAUUCUCAAAGAAAAAGUUAAAUGCACCAGAAUUGCACUGCUUCAAUGGAGUUCUCAGUUUCGAAAGCAAAGACUUGGUAGAAUUAAUGAUCUAACUGCCCAACUGGAAGCUCUAAAUGAUGAAGGAAGGAACAAAGACUGGGAUGCCUGGGACAGAAUUAAAAGAGACCUCAAUGAGGCCCAUUGUCACGAGGAACAUUUCUGGCAGCAAAAGGCUCGUCACAAAUGGCUCAAGCACGGGGAUUGCAACUCCAAUUUCUUUCAUGCUAUGUUCGACACAGAAGGAAAACAAAUUCCAUCUCCAGGCUA